AUGGCCAGUUCUGGACUGAAGUGGCUGAUGAUGAAGCCCUACCGCAGCCCUUGCUUCUCAAAUUUACCCUAUCGUCAUUACCAAGCGCGCAGACUGCCUUACAAUCGUAUGAUUGUUCCUAUUAGCCGGGAUAAAUUGCCUCAAGAUGAGAAUUUCAACAAUGAUAUCGACGCCAUCCGGAAAGACGUCAACCAGGACCACUUGCACCAAUUGCAGAUAUGUCGUCCACUAUAUCUCGAUAUUGCUUUUACUGACGGACGAAUACAGAGCGACACUCAAGAUGUAAGAGGCCAUCUCUCAUUGUGCGUAGUUUCUGGAUUGAACAGGAAACCAGGCGACGACCAGUCCGAGACAUGCCGUGCCUGCCAGAAGACAGGCGAUGUGUGUGAACGAACAGCGAGCAAGAUUCGUUUCCGUCAUGGAUCAAGUGCGAAGUAUGAUUCUUUAUUCGGGAAUGAUCAAGUGUGGCUACGUAUAUUCGACUUUGUUGACGAGUCCGACGAGGUUAUUGCGAGCUAUAACCGAGAUUCAGGAUCCGAUGGAGACGGAGACUAUAGCACGGAAAAUCAUGGAAAGAGUUUAAGCCCAGCAGCCAAUAGACUCUCUGAAUCGGCUUCGAGUGUCGACUAUCCUCGGCAUUGUACCCGAGUUUCCUUGGGGUCUGAUGGGCUAGUCCAUGCCUCGCCUGUCGAAUCAGGGCCACUUAGCCUGCAUGCGUCGGCAUAUCCCCAGGAUCAACGCCCAUUUAGCCCUAACAUAUCUACGGAUUACCAGCCACAGCGUUACGGUGGUUGCUAUGAUGAACCCGGCCUGACCUCCGAAUCAUUUCAUACCCACCAACCAAACAUCCAUCAACUCACCAGCAGCCUUCCCACCAAUAUAGGCGAAGAUCACGUAACCCUCCGCCUCGAAGCCACCCUACUCCGCUACUUCAUUGAAGAAAUUUGCCCCUGGUUCGACAUCUGCGACCCAGACCGGCACUUCGCCCGUGUCCUUCCCCACCGAGCCCGUAACUGCCCGCCCCUCCUACAAGCCAUCCUAACGGCCUCCGCACGCCACCUCACCACCUCCCUCAAAUUCAAAUCCCCGACAGGAGGUUACACCUGGAACGGCCUAGUCAUCCCGAAUCUCAAUAAAUCCACAGCCCUCCAUUACCACGAUAACUGCAUAAGAUCCCUCCUCAGUCUAAGCGGAGACCUAUCUCGAAUAAACAGCGAGGACCUCCUCGCCGCGGCUAUCGUGCUAAGAUUCUACGAGGAGAUCGACUCCCCAUUAGAGAACAACACUGAUAAAGGUGUCCUCCUUCGUGUGCUCAAAAUCUUCGUCAAUGCCCAACUCCCAUCACCAGAUGCAUUCCCCUGUAGCCUUGUAGAAACCUAUCACAAACAUCAUCAUCAUCACUUUUCACUAGUCUCAAACACCUCACCAACCACACCCCCAGCAAUUACACACACCCAAUCAACUACCCUCCUCCGCGCCUGCCUCUCCAUCGCCUUCAGACAAGAACUCUAUAAAUCUUUUAUGACCCAACGCCCUUUCACCCUCCCUCUUUCCCGGUGGUCUUCCCUCCGUUCCUUCACUCCAGCCGGGGACGGAACAUGGGCUGAUCGGCUUGUUCUCUUCUGCGCCGACGUGCUGGAAUACUGCUACGGGAGCUCAGAGACAGAUCAUUUGCCAUCCACCGAUGUGAACAGGUGGAACGACUUAACCCGCUACGCGGAGGAUCUCCACGCUCAUCUCCCACCCUGCUUCGAACCAAUCUACACCAGAUCCCCCCUCGAAAGUUCUGGGGAUGUGUUCCCAGAAAUCUGGUACGGAGAUGGCUGCCACGCAACAGCCAUCUCCCACCUCCAUCUCGCAAAAAUGCUUUUAGCAGUCUUCAACCCCACAAUCCCCAAGCUUGGCCACGGGCAUAUGGCCGCGAUGAUGCAAGUUCGGGCCGUAAUGAGAGAAACCGUGAUGAAGCUCUGCGGGAUAGCGCUGUGGAAUCGCCGGGCGCCUAGUGUGUUAGUAGAUGCGACGAUGGCCAUCAAGGCUUGUGGGGAGUGUAUCACCGAACCAAGUGAGAGGCAGGCGGUUUUGGGGCUUUUAAGGGUUACAGAGGUAGAGUAUGCGUGGCCUACAGGUGGGAUUGCACAGAGUUUGAAGGAGGCUUGGGAGGGCUAA